AUGUUGGCUUUAUGCAUUGUAGCAUUGGUUGUUUUAAGCAUUACUCAUUGGGUUUAUAGGUGGAAGAAUCCCAAAUGCAAUGGCAAACUUCCACCAGGUUCAAUGGGAUUGCCACUUAUUGGGGAGACUUUACAGUUUUUCACUCCCAACACCUCUUCUGAUAUUCCUCCCUUCAUCAAGAAAAGGAUGGAAAGGUAUGGUCCAAUUUUCAGGACUAAUUUGGUGGGAAGACCAGUAAUAGUAUCAACAGACCCGGAUCUCAAUUACUUUGUUUUCCAACAAGAGGGUAAUCUGUUUCAUAGCUCAUAUCCUUAUUCCUUCACAGAGAUCUUUGGGAGAAAAAAUGUGGGUAACUUGCAUGGGAUUAUGUACAAGUACCUCAAAAACAUAAUGCUGCAUCUCUUUGGCCCUGAAAGCCUUAAAAAGAUGAUCACAGAAAUUGAGCAGGCAGCACUCAGAAGAUUACAACAAUGGUCAUCUGAGGACACAAUAGAGUUCAAAGAUGCUUCUGCAAGUCUGAUAUUUGAUCUUGCUGCAAAGAAACUAAUCAGUUAUGACUCAGAAAAGUGUUCGGAGAAGAAUCUACGGAAUAACUUCAGUGCAUUCAUACAAGGAUUGAUUUCCUUUCCUGUGGACAUCCCUGGAACAGCUUAUUAUAAAUGUGUACAGGGUAGGAAAAAUGCAAUGAGAAUGUUGGUAAACCUGCUACAAGAAAGACGAGAAAAUCCGCGAAAGCAGCCUAUAGAUUUUUUUGAUCAUGUGCUUGAAGAAUUCAAGAAAGAGGGAACAAUCCUAACAGAACCAAUUUUUCUGGAUUUAAUGUUUGUGCUACUUUUCGCAAGCUUUGAAACAACUUCCCUAGCUUUAACAUUGGCCAUCAAGUUUCUUUCAGACCAUCCUGCGGUGCUAAAGAAAUUAACGGAAGAACAUGAGAUGAUCUUGAAGCAAAGGGAAAAUGCUGAUUCUGGACUUACAUGGAAAGAAUACAAAUCAAUGACAUUCACAUUUCAGAUCAUCAACGAAACUGUUAGACUAGCAAAUAUAGUUCCAGGUGUCUUCCGCAAAGCAAAAAGAGAGAUACAGUUCAAAGGACACACCAUUCCAGCAGGUUGGGUAGUAAUGGUUUGUCCCCCGGCCGUUCACUUAAACCCUCAAAAAUAUGCUGAUCCUGUUGCCUUCAGUCCAGAAAGAUGGGAGGGAAUGGAAACAAGUAGUGUAUCAAAAAAUUUCAUGGCUUUUGGUGGCGGCAUGAGAUUCUGCGUUGGAACAGACUUUGCUAAGGUGCAGAUGGCUGUUUUUUUGCAUUGCUUGGUGACCAAGUACAGGUGGCAAGCAGUGAGGGGUGGCAAUAUAGUCCGAACUCCAGGUUUACAAUUCCCAGAUGGUUUCCACAUUCGAGUACAGGAGAAAGAAGAUGCAAGUAACAAGAAACAGCAAACAACUCCAGACACUUGA